UCUGCACCACGCAAAUGAAACAUCUUCAACGCUAAGAUCAGACAUUUUCUGCAUAUUAACAGUCCAUUUUCUUCUCUCCUAGACACCUUGCGCUCUCCCAUAAACCCCACCCAUCUCAGGGGAAAAAAUAACCACCACCACCAACAACAACAACAAACAUUCAAUUCAAAUAGCUGAAAAAAAACCUUGGAGAUCGAAGUGAAAUUUGAACAAUGCACCAUGGCUUGCAAGCUAAGGAAGGCCAUAGGGGCAAUGAAGGACCAAACCAGUAUUGGCUUAGCCAAGCUUGUGCCCAGUCCAUUGGCAAACGAAUCGGCAGAACUCGCAAUUGGGUUGUUGCCCUAAAAUCCCUCAUGCUUGUUCUUAGAAUCUUUCAAGACGGUGAUCCGUAUUUCCCCAGAGAAAUUUUCCACGCCAUGAAACGAGGUGCUAAAAUUCUUAAUCUCUCUAAUUUCAAGGAUGAUUCCACUCCAAAUUCUUGGGACUACACUUCCUUUAUUAGAACGUUUGCUCUGUACCUUGAUGAACGCUUAGAUUGCUUUCUCACAGGAAAGCUUCAGCGUCGAUUCACGUAUUAUCGUGAAGCAAUCCAAAAGAAGAGCUUGAAACAUAGUAAUCUGUCUAAUGAAUCGGGGAUUAAAGGCAUGAAACCCACACUAGUGCUUGAUAGAAUUACUCAUUGGCAGAAAUUGUUGGAUAGAGCAAUUGGGUCACGUCCAACCGGGGCAGCAAAGAAUAACAGUUUGAUUAAGAUUUCUUUAUAUGCUAUUCUGCAAGAGAGUUUUGAUCUGUACAGGGACAUUUCUGAUGGGCUUUCUGUGAUCUUUGAUAACUUCUUUCAGCUACCAUAUGAGGCAUGUGCUAUUGCCUACAAAGCUUGUGUCAAAUCCUCUAAACAAUUUGAUGAGCUAUCUGGAUUCUAUGCUUUGUGUGCGAGCCUUGGAAUUGGGAAGACAUCUGAGUACCCAAGUGUGCAAAAGGUGUCUAAUGAGCUUAUGGAGACAUUGCAAGAGUUCAUGAAAGAUAGGGCUUCAUUUUCUGCAAAUAAUGGUCAACCACUAUCCCCAAUUUGUGAUUCCAAACGCAAUCUUCUUCCAACUCUGCCAAAGGAUACUAGUUCAGUUUCAGGCCAAGAUGAAUCUAAUGAGCAAUUUGAGGCACCUUUAAAGUUUUCGGAACGUGGAUCUGAAUAUGGCUCUCAAUGUGCAUCAUUGGAGGACCUCGUGAUUUUUACUACUGAUGCUGACUUGAGCCUGGGCAAGUCAUUGCCAAUUGAUCAAACAAGUUCAUGUUUUGACUUGGUGAUUUUUGAUGAUUUCCAACAAGUAGAGAAAUGUGAUAGUCAAGCAAAUGAUCAGGAUCAACAAAAUAGAACUUUGAGUUCAAACCACGGUUCCAUAGAUUGUUGGGAUUUGGUGCUGGCUGAGAUAACAUCUACACCCAAGCAAGUAGAGCAAUAUGAUAGUCAAACAAGAUAUCAGGAACAGAAAAUCACAACCUUGAGUCCAAACAAUAAUGGUUCCACAGAUUGUUGUGAUUUAGUGCUAGCUGAGAUAGCAUCUACACCCAAGCAAGUAGAGAAGCAUGAUAGUCAAACAACAGACCAGGAACAGAAAAAUACAACUUUGAAGUCAAUCAAUGGUUCCAUAGAUUGUUGGGGUUUAGUUCUAGCUGAGAUAGCAUCUACACCCAAGCAAGUAAAGCAGCACGAUAGUCAAACAAGAGAUCAGGAACAACAAAACCUUGAUUUGAAUAAUAGCUCCAAAGAUUGCUGGGAUUUAGUGUUUGCUAAGAUAGGAACUACACCAGAACACACAUCAACUAAUAAAUUGUCAAAUGGCAUAGGCUCACUAAUCCUUGAUUCAUUAUUUGAUCAGCCUUCCUCAGUACCUCAAGCCCAAUACAACCCAUUCCUAGAAAAUACAAGCAUUGUUCCUUCCAGCCCUGAAAAUUAUAAAGUUGGUUUUGCUAAUUUUUUUGAUCUGGCACCAACAUUUCGGGGAAAUGUAACAAUGGUUAGUGCUCACAAUCCUCUUGAGGUAGCAAUAGCACCCACCUCCACUGGUCAGAGCUAUAAUUCCCAGACUAGUUUGGCUCAGACUGUUGGUGACCUCAAUGGGAUGACACCACCGCCAACCUCUACUCCUCAAGUUACUUUUGGGACCAAGAUGGUUGCAGAACCAACCUUUCAUGCUCAAAGUUUGAAUACAGUCACUGAAGCCUUAAGCACACAAAAUGUUGAUAUGGCACUGACAGAACCAACCCUUGCUCCUCAGAAUGCCAACAAGAACAUGGUCUCUUCAACCUUUUGGGCUCUGGAUCUUGAUGAUACACAGUCAGAAGCACCAGUGUGUUGUUUAAAGAACUCUAGUGAGACAACGAACACAAAAAUCAGUACCAGAGACGAACCCUUUGAGGCGUGGAUUGAUGCAAUUACUAAUAAUUAGCGAACCUCUAGUGAGUUAAAACAAGAGCAAAGUUUGUUGAAGCAGGAAAAUAAAAUUAUCGUUUCUCUUGUAAGUUGAAAUUUCAACAUUUAGUUUUCAUGGCAAAAAAGGCUAAUUAUUUCUAAGAGCCAAUAAUGAGAGUUUUCAAGAGAAA